AAAGCACUCAACAUCCAAAACCAAAAUCGCGGACAAACCGAAAUUGUUUCCCAUCCCUCGAUGAUUCAUCCGACGGCAGCCCACAGCAGCAGUUUUUUAGUGGGAAUUUAUGAGCGCCGGUAUCCCUCCACCUUCUAAAAGUCCUUUGGGCCCUGUAUAUGAAACACCUCUAGACGCACCUAUCAGCAACCACCACGAAUCCAGAUCCGGACCCGAGAUACCCGCGAAUGCUGAAACGAUAGUCGAUCCUCAAAGCGGCACGGCGAGCGUGUUCCAGAACAACAUUGAGCUACAAACGGAGUUGGAGCGGAUUCAGGAGGGCCGAGUACUCGGGGUGCAGCUCUCUGACUUUCGCCGCUCGGGAGAGGAGGACGAUUUCGAUUCAAAGGAUAUUGAUAUUAAGGGGUUAUUAAGUAACCUUCGAAGCAUGCGGGCCAACAGCCAAACUCAGUAUCGAGCGCUUCGGAGGCGAAAAGGAGAAAUUGACGGUGUUUCGCGCGGGCCCACGACUGCUGAAAGCGAGAGUUCGAGGGAAAAUAGAAUACCUGUUCUUGGAUCGUCGCGUGUCGCAAAGCCCCCGGUACGCAGGAAACCACAUCAAGAGCUGAGGUGUCCCUCUAAAAGAAAAGGCGGCCGAGGGUCAAAAAACAACGAGGAUUCUUCCAGUGCGGCAGACACCCCCAGAAGACCAGAAUUUACCCCUCCAGGGGGCACUUCAACUUUCGACUCAUGAUUCUCCUUUACGAAUUUUCCUCUCUCUCUCUCUUUCUUUUUCUUCACAAUUAGAUUCAUUGUAGAUAGGAAACUUUCGACAGCACUGUAUAACACGACCGGCUCCCGUUUGCUUUUUCCUAUGUUUGUUUCCCUCCAUUAGCGGUGUUAAAUGUUACAUGACAGGGCAUACUGUAAGGUGUAUUAUUCUUCACAUUUUUUUCUUCUUCUUUCCCUCUUCAUUUCGCUUUAUACCCCCAAAACCACCCUCUCUUCUCCAUAG